AUACAACGAAUCAGCUGCAACGGUCGUUUGCCGCCAAUGGUGCCAAUGCAUCAUGAAUUGCGUGACCUGGUCGCGAUGAGCUACGACUGGUCGACCGCCCGGGCCGCCCGGCCUUGAUAAGCGCACACCGAUACAUAUUCUGCGCUUUUAUAGCCAAAGUGACCAACAAUAAUUAUUCGGCCAGCGCAUAUGCUUAUCACGGCAAGUUUGAUUUGAACAAGCUCCCCAGCAGCUUCGCAAACGCCAAGGUCCACGCCAUCGGGACUGCAUCCAACAUGUUUAGGUUCGUAGCCAGCGGCUGUGGGCCACCGCCUGCUGAAAUAGCUGCGGUCGAGCUCGGCGCUGCAGCAAUUCACUUGCCUGCUCACGGAGGCGCGCUUCGGGCGGUGUUGGUCGAGCGGACGGCUGCAAACGUGCAGGCCACGCUGCUCGCACGCAAUGCAAGCGCCUGGGUCCAGCAUGCGAGCGGAGAGAGUCGGAAAAUGCAGCGUGGCGUGAUGGUCACGCUGGCACCCGGCGACGAGGUGCUGUUCGGGCCGGCAUCCGCGACGGAGCCCGACGCGGAGCCCGAGGUGGCGUUCCUGCUCCAGAGCGUGGACGUGGACGUCGGCGCGGCGCUGCUGCGGAACAACACCCCCGCCCUGCAGCUGAUGGACGCAUCCCAGGCUUCAGCCGGUGCGGAUGCGCUGCCCCGGAGCGGCUACGUCAAGUGCGAGCCCAGCGGCCCUCUGGCCGAUGGCCCCGGCGCAGUCCCGCUCAUGCUCACCUACAGCCAGCCAGGGAGCACGGCGACUCCUGCAGCUGCGCCCGCGGCCGCGGCCGCCGCACGCCAGCAGGGCCUGACCCACAUCACGCCGGUUUCACGCGUCAGCGCGGCCGGCCUCGCUGCGGGCGGCGGCAGCGCUGCCGUUGAUGCAUCAGCUAACAUUACACCCGCGGCUGGGGCUGGGCUGCUCGCGAUCACCGCUCAGCUGGGCCCGGCCGCAGCCGACGCGGCAGGAGCCCAUGCCACGCCGCUUCCAGGCCCUUUCCUGCAGACCGGAGUCACUGGCGUGGGCAUGGUGACCAGCGUUGCGCCGCAGCCGGCCGCCGAGCAGGAGGAACACCAUCUGGGGGGGCAAGCCGGUGCGGCUGCGGCGCCUGAUAACGCGGCUGAUGUGGACAUGGUGCCUCCGCACGAGGAGACCGCCGUGCCCGGCCAGGCUAUCGAGCCGGCGGCGCAAGCACAAACGCCGGCACCUGUUCAGCAUCAGAUGGAGGACCAGACGCCUCAGCCGCAGCACCACGCCCGCGUGAAGGACGAGCCGCUGGACGAGGCGCCCCUGGGUGAGCCGCAGCCGCAGCAGGAUGAGGCGCAGCAGGAGGCGGCGCAGCAGGAGGCGCAACAGGAGGCGCAGGCGGGGCCGGCCACGGAGCCGCCCGGCACUCGCCCCGCCAAGACGCCCGCGAACAGCGGUGUGGACGCGGUGUUGAACGAGUGCAAGGACAUCGUCAGCUCCGUCAGCGAGGUGCUGUUCCCCACGGCAGCGGCAGGCGGCAGCGGGGCUGGCGCCGGGCCCUCCAACGCUCCUGCUGUCGCGGGCAGGGGUACUGCGCUGGCAGGCCCGCAGAUGUCUGCCCUGUGGCGCGGCGAGCUGCAGGCGCUGCAGCAGCGCGCCACCAUGCCGCGGACCACCAUCGGCGUCGUGGGCGACACGGGAGCUGGCAAGUCCAGCCUGCUGAACGCGCUGCUGGGCGAGGAGGACAUAUUGCCCACCAACGCCAUGCGCGCCUCCACUGGCUGCCCCAUCGAGGUGUCGUACUCGGCAACGGGCGCUUACCACGCCGAGGUGGAGUUCCAGACCAAGGAGGAGUGGGCGAAGCACCUGGAGAAGCUGCUGAGCGACCUGCUGGAUGAGAACGGUGUGAUACAGGUGGUGCGCGGAGAGGGCACCGUCAGUGGGAGGUCCGAGGCGGGCGUGGCACAGUCGAUGCUGGAGGCGGUGUAUGGGCAGGAGCUGAUUCGCGCGCCUGGUCUGACCGCCGACAAGCUGCGCGCCCACAGCAACCGCGUCACGCAGCUGCUGGGCAAGGUGGAGCCCAUUCGCCACGGCGAUGCCAAGAAGUUCAGGGAGAAGGUGGGCGUGUACGUGGACUCGCACAACAAGGCCACGAGCCUGCAGGCCUGGCCCAUCGUCAAGGUCUGCCGCAUCGCGCACCGCUGGAAGCUGCUGGAGGGCGGUGUGGUGCUGGUGGACCUGCCCGGCACCCGCGACGCCAACGAGGCGCGCGGCCGCGUGGCGGAGGAGUACAUGCGGCGUCUGUCGGCCGUGUGGAUCGUGGCGGACAUCACGCGCGCCGUGGACAACAAGACGGCAAAGGACCUGCUGGGCACGGACUUCAAGCGGCGCAUGGUCAUGGACGGCCAGGUGCAUGCCAUCACCUUCAUCUGCACCAAGUCCGACAACCUGGACGUGUCCAACAUCCUGAACAGCCUGAGUAUGGACGAGGUGUGCGCCCGCAGCGGCACCGACCUGGUGGCGUUCCAGGAGCUGGACGCGGCCAUCAUGCGCUUGCAGGACGCGGAGCUGGCGGCGGAGAAGGCCACCAAGCAGGCCAAGCGCAAGGCCACGAUGGCGCUGAACAACUGCCGCAAGGUGGCCACCGCCGCCAAGAAGAUCCGCGACUCGGUCCUUCAGCGCUGCAGUGCCGCGGGAGUGGCCGAGCCGGAUGAGCUGACUGACCUGAUGCGCAAGGCGGUGCCGCCCAAGGCGAAGGACAAGAAGGGGGACCGUGACGGCGAUGAGGGCGAGGACGGCGAGGACGACAUGGAGGAGGACAGCAGCGAGGAGGAGCUGACGGACAGCGACGACUCCGGCAGCGCCAGCGACAGCGGCAGCGAUGGCGACUACUGCCCCUCGGAGGACGAUGAGGCGGAGGCGGACAGUGAUGACUCGGACGAUGACGACGACGAUGACGACGAGAGGCCGCGGGGAGGGCGCAAGCGGCGCAACUCUGGCGGCGGCAAGCGCAAGCGCGUGGGGGGCAGCGGCGGCGGCAAGGGCAAGAAGCAGAAGAAGACACGCGAGCCCAAGGAGCUGCGCGGCAAGGAGGUGCCGGAGCUGAUGGAGGAGCUGCGCAAGACAGUGGCGAGCAUGCCGGCCCUCAAGGGCCAGCAUACGGUGGCGCUGCAGGAGCUGUCCCGGGCCGAGAAGGCGCAGGCGGAGGCGUCACAGCGGCUCAAGAAGCCGCAGGUGCAGAUGCGCACCAUCUGCGCGGUCGCGCGCAACGACUACAGCCGCGAGCGCCUGCAGGAGGACUUCCGGGAGGGCAUCACCGAGAUGCUGCAGCAGUCGGGCGACCAGGACGGCGCAGCGCCGGCCCUGGACGUGGACGCGAUCGACCUGCCCGUCUUCUGCGUGUCCUCGCGUGAGGCCCAGAAGCUGGAGGGCAUUGUGCGGCGUGACCGCAAGGCCAGCGUCUUCUCCAAGCUCUCCGACACGCAGCUGCCCAAGCUGCGCUCGCACGUGACACGCACCGCCGACGCGGCUCGCGUGUGCGCGCAGCGGCGGCUGGCGCAGGACGUGUACGCGACCAUCGACUCGGUGGGCCGCAUCCUGCUCAGCCAGCGGCCGGACGGCGCGCCCGACGUGUCGGCGGCGGUGCAGCGCUCUGUGGGCAUGUCGCUGGCGGCGCUGCCCCACCGCCUUGACGACUGCCUGCGGCGGCAGGUGGCGCAAAUGUUCCACACCUUCAUCACGACGGGCCUGCAGCCGCAGCUGCAGCUCGGCUCCGACCUGGCGGUGGAGCGCGCCCCCGCCGCGGCCCGGAAGUUCGAGAUGAAGCCCUGCGACCCCACCGCCCGCAUGGUCUGGAGCAGCUACCGGGCGGCGCUACGGCGCAACGGCGUGUACAUGAGCGGCUCGGUGGGCCAGAUCAACUGGAACGGCGCGCUGGCCCAGCCCAUCAUGGACCGCAUCACUGCCACCUGGGCGCGGCUGUUCCAGGCCGAGCUGCCGCAGCUCACAAAGGCCACGCGGCUGGCCAUCCUUUCGGAGAUGGACGCCUGCGUGGAAGCGGCGCGCCUGGCGCUGGGGGCGGAGCUGGCGCCGCUCAGGGGCGGCGCGGUGCUGCUGCCGGCGCAGCUGGACCGGCUGGACGAGCUGUACGGCCAGGUCCGGCGCGACCAGGAGCGGCAGCUGGCGCAGGCGCUGGAGGCGCUGCAGUCGGGCCUGGUGGAGACCAGCAAGGCGCUGAGCCAGGACGUGGUGGAGCCGGCCGUGUGCACGGCUCUAGGCGAGAUCUACCUGGCAGCCGCCAACGAGCGCGGGCCCGGCUCCUUCGCGCGGAUGAAGGAGCACAUGGAGAAGGGCGUGGCGCGGCUGGCGCGGAGCAUGCUGCCGGCGGCUGCACAGGCGCUGCUGGACGAGGUGCAAAAGCUGGUGGCCAAGUUCGGCGACUCGGCUGCGGCCGCUACCAAUGCGCUGGUGAAUGCGGUGCAGACGCGCUUCGAGCUGCUGUGGGACGACGCGCCCGCCGGCUACGAGGCACGCUACGCGGCAGCGGCACAGCUGUCGCAGCUGCUGGAGCGGGCUGUCAAGCUGUGCACCCGCGCAGGCGUCAACUCCCUGCCGCCGGCCUUCGUGCUGCCGCCGCCGCCUGCGCCACGGGUGGCGGAGGAGGACGAGGAGGAGAUGGAGGAGGGAGAUGAGGACGCUGAUGAGUACUACGAGGACGAGGGCGAGGACGAGGACGAGGGCGAGGACGAAGGCGAGGACGAGGGCGAGGGCGAGGCGGAGAUGCAUGACGAGGAGGGGGAGGAGGAGGGGAUGGGCGACGCACACGGGGAGGCUGAUGAGGAGCUGCCUGCGGAGCACCACGCGCGGGCGGCCGGUGCGGCUGCGGGCGGCAGCGGCGGCAGCGGCGGCACGGGCGCCGGCAGCGACCACGGCGUGCAGGCCAUUGACCGUGAGCUGCGCGAGCUGAUGAAGGCGCUGGCGGAGGCGGAGGUCGCGUACAUCGAGGCCGGCGAAGAGCUGACGGCCACCAUCGCGCGCAUGAAGGUGGCGCGGCGCGACGGCGAUGAGAGCUUUGACACCGCGGCGGCCAACCUGCGGUGCAGCCAGCUGGCGGCCCAGAGCACGCAGGCGCAGUACAAGAUGGACAUCCUCCACAUGAGCAUUAAGCAGCUCGAGGCCCAGCGGCGGGCGGCUGCGCAGGCGGUUAAGGCAGCCGCGAGCGGUGCCGCGGCGGCGGCGGCUGUGGAGGGCGCGGAUGCGGUGAUUACGCUGCAGCUGGUGCGACCGGGCACCAAGGGCGCGGCGGAGGCAGGCGGCCAGGCAUCGGUGGGGGCGGAGGCCGUGGGCAGGGCCUGAUCGGGUACUGGCGUAUGUGCAGCUGAUCCAAGGCGGAUGAACUGACAGCUGCGACGCGGCUUUCGAAUAUUGUUAAUAUGGCAUUCCUGCUAGGAGCAUACGCAUGCGCCGGCCAACUGCCGGAUGCAUCCUGCAGCGUCCAUGUCCCGCAUUCGUGAAUUAAGGACUGAGAAUAAACGUUUAGGAACCAAGGAGACUAGUCCUGCUAAGAGCCGGAGGAUCAUUGCACUGAAGGCGUAGAAAGCUGUUUGCGAUACGAGGGUGUAUUUGACGGUGUGUGUCUGGGCAGGACUGGUAGUGCGGCCACACGUGUAGGUGUCCUGCAGCGCGCCGCUAGUAUUCUGGUGGCACAUACUGAUCACCACGGUGCAAGCCACAACAACCGCAACUUUUUCACGGGCCGGGGUUUCACAGGCUUAGGGUAUCGGAUGUCACAGAAGCUGCCAGGGGCAACCUCGAGCCACACAAGUGACACGAUGCACUGCAUGCACGGGCGCUGCCACCCUCAUCACUGUAUUUAUACCGCCAU